CCUGAGUGACUUGGACUGUCUACUGUGUAUCUACUGCGAAUCAUACAGAUCGCUUUAGGUCCUUCAUCAAUCGUCGAACUACUGUAGAAACAGGCCUUCUACGAGAUAUCUACUCCCUAUUGACGUAUACGACAGGGGCAGGGACUUUGUGUUGUAUCGGGCUUUCUAGCUUCCAAUUGCGUCAUAUCCAAAUUCGGCCACCACGGUCCAGGACCCUGCAUCCUCGUCGCCAAUGCGCGUUUCGCAUCGACCAUAACAACUAUCUCACACGGCCAAUUCGCAUUCCCUCCGAUCGAUCGACUCUAUCUACACCCAGCCUGAUCACCCGAGGAGCUAUACUUGUUACUACAUGUGUCAUCCCUCAGGGAGCUCGCCUUUCCCGCCUGGGAUUCCACGGCCGUGAAGAGCUCUGCCAGAAGCGUGACAUUCGUAAACCACCCUGUUGCGUCGAGACAAUCACUCUGAAUAUAGUCAUCCUCCUAGUACCACUUGGCCCAAAUUCGAGUGCCAAGGAGCACCACCACAGCCGCAAACUAUGGCCUCUACACAACCCACCGGAUCCCCGGCCCCCUCAUCAAACAUCAAUUCUCCAAUUCAACCCCCGGGGAGCCUACCUUUCUUCAACGGACCUCCGUCAGACCAAAAUGCCAGAUCCUCGCCCGCGGCCCCAAGCAUAGUCUCCGCCCAGGGUGACGGGGGGAGAUCGAAGCGCAACAAACGGGACAGUCGCAAAAAGCGCGAAGCGAAAGGGCUCGACACGGAUAGUGCGCCCCCCAAGAAAAAGACUGCCGCCGUCCAGAACUCCACCCUUUCGAGCUCGGACUUGUCCAUCCUACGGCCUCUGCUGAUUUCGGAGCCAAGACCAUCAGACUUGCUGCCCCCCCAACCUCGCCAGAUGAACUUCGUGGCUCGGAAAGAAUCAGGGACAAUCGGCCAGAACUACGAAUUCUAUGAAGUCGCCGACAAACUUACCAAUAAGAACGGAUACCGCUAUAGCUACGCCAUCGCCGACCCAGGGUUCCCGCACAUCAAGUACCGCCAAACUGAUGUCAGCCCAUACCACGCCCGUUUCAGCUUCGAGGACUCACCGGCUGCGAUAUCCUUCAGCAAAGACGCCCUCGCCGUUACAACCAGCGAACCGUGGCAUACCGCGCGCGCAAAUGUCUGUGCGCGUGAAGGGACCUUUUACUACGAAGCGCGCAUCAUCAACGGUGUCAUGCAGGGUCCAGAUGCAACGGAGACGUCCGGGAACGGGAAAUUACCUUCUAGGGGCCAUGUGCGUCUUGGAUUUGCGCGCAGGGAGGCAGACCUAGACGUCAACGUGGGUGUUGACUGCUACGGUUACGGGAUACGUGAUGUGAAUGGAGAGGUGGUCAAUCGGAUGCGCUGCGAGUAUUUCUUCCCGAAAGGCGAAUCGAUCCGCGAGGGGGAUGUCAUCGGUUUACUCAUUACUCUUCCGCCUCUGUCUCUCCAUAAGAAAAUAGUGGAGGGCGCCUAUGAUCCUGCGGUUGAUGGCGAUGCAUCGACUCCGAACUCCGAACCGCCGUCCGCCGCGAACAUCAUUCGCGAUCGUAUCCCCUUCCAUUAUAAAUCCGACUUUUACUGGCAGCAGUCGAACGUGUUCCCCUCGAAACAGCUCCGCGAUUACGCUUUCAAUCUCAAGGAAACAUCAACCCUGGGUCAACCGUCACCAACCAAUACCGAGGACGCCUCGUUGCGCACCCUCCCCGGGUCCAGCAUUACCAUCUUCAAAAACGGUGUAAAGAUGGGCACUCCUUUCAGGGAGUUAUACGCCUUCCUCCCGCCGGCAAGUCGACUCGUAAACGGGACCAACAAUUUGGGCCUCGGCGAGCGAGAGAACGCAGAUGACGGCAUGGUUGGGUAUUACCCCGCCGUGAGCUGCUACAACGGCGGUGCGGUGGAAUGUCGCUUUGAGGCGCCUUGGUGGUUUGGCCCGCCGCCUUAUGCGGACAAUGACGAACCUGUCCGCGGCAUGGGAGAGCGGUUCAACGAGCAGAUUGUUGAAGAUAUCGUGGCCGACGUCGUCGAUGAGGUCGAGGCUAUGCUGGUCUGGGGCGGCGUUGAUGGCGACGUCGUUGGGAAAGCAGAGAUCGAUGGCACGGGUUCUGGGGCUGUUGGGGGGUCUGAGGUUCUUAAAGGAGGUGUUGGGGCUGCGUACGAAUCCGCUAUGCCUGCAGACGUUGUGUCGAACCAUGUAGUUCUUGAAAACAUUGGCAACAAUGCUGUGCCGGCUCCUUCGGAGCUAGAGGUUGGUGCUAGCCAUACCACGGGCGACACGCCUAUGGCAGAUGGUACUGAAGGUAUAUCGAAUGCAGAAGCUCCAGAAAAUGCAGCAACUGGUGGAGACAUCGAGAUGUCCUAAGUUUGCUUGCGUGGGCUGAUAUGGCAUGGAUGGUGGUCAAUUUGCAUAUAGUUCCCCUUGAUUGUUGGCCUUCGAUACCAGUCUCCACCAUCCAAAUCAACAGGAUAAGACAGGUCGUUUGUUUGGACUGGAGACAAUGUUGACUC